CGAUUAAAUGUGGUCGUUUAGGAGCUAACGGGAGCAGUAGUUGGAGCGGUAGAUGCGCAAGUUGGCGCGCUUGAACAAAGCAAGAGGCGGAUAGCGCGGACUAUAAGAUAGAUAAUACAGUGCAUCAUCAACCGGCGAUCCAGAGUACCGGCUAGAGAAGGAUAGAGAUACACGGCUGAGCAUUCGGGAACCCACUGAAGGCGUUAUGCUGGAGCUUUACGGAGUCACUGGGGACGGCAUGAGUUACCGGCUGCCGCCGCCGCCACCGCCCCGCCGGGUUACGACGCUGCAAGCCGAACAGCUAGCCGCAUUGGAGACGUGCUUGCAGCUCUCGUCACCCGAAUUAAUGAGGAAAGUGCCAAGCGCCGGGGCCGUCGCAUCCGUCACCCCCCAGCAGCUGCUACGUCGGCCGCGAGACCCUGGUGAGCUCCAGAGACUCACCGCCGUCGUCUCCGUUGAUCCUGUAGAUAUCAAGCUCCAGCAGCAUCACCAGCACCAGCACCAGCACCAAGGUAAAGAAAGUCCCCUGUACUACACUAAGCUAAACCGGGACUCCGGGCCAAUUGUUCCAGCAAAGCGCAAAGCAGGACGAAGCUGGGUCCUGACGAUCGGUCUCUUCCUAUUGGUCUGUGCCUUAAUCGCCGGUAUCGGAUUGCCUUUGGCCUUGGAGCUGCGAAGUUCUAACCUACUGGAGGCGAGGCUGCGAGUUGUGAGGAAAAUCCUAUCCAAGACGCCUCUCAUCGACGGGCACAACAACCUGGCGUGGAACCUACGCAAGCAGCGUGGUAGCACGCGACUGCGGGACUUCCCGUUCGACGAGGACCUUUCGAAGAACGUAUCCUGGGGCCCAGGCUGGCAGACCGACCUGAUCCGGCUGCGCCGCGGCAUUGUCGGGGCGCAAUUCUGGUCAGCCUAUGUGCCGUGCGAGGCACAGUUCCUCGACGCGGUCAAGCUCACCCUCGAGCAGAUCGACGUGGUACGGAGGCUCGCGGCCAAGUACGCCGAGAAAAUGAGACUGGUGACGUCGAGCGAGGAGCUCGAGCAGGCCCAUAGGGACGGAGUACUGGCGAGCCUCGUCGGCAUCGAGGGCGGCCACAGCAUCGGCGCGAGUAUGGCUGUGCUGAGGAGCUUCCACCACCUCGGUGCGAGGUACAUGACUCUGACCCACAAGUGCAACACGCCCUGGGCUGACUCGGCAAUCGCCGACGAUCCGGAUAAGGACCUCGUCACCCUGGGUUUCUACAGCGACGGACUGACGAGUUUCGGGAAGGCGGUGGUUCGUGAGCUGAACCGUCUGGGGAUGCUUGUCGAUCUAUCUCACGUGUCCGUGAGGACGAUGCGCGACGCCCUCAUCGUCUCCACGGCGCCGGUUGUUUUCUCUCACAGUGCCGCAAGAGCACUUUGCAACUCGUCCAGUAACGUGCCCGACGAUGUCCUCAGGAAUCUGACGCUGAAUGGCGGCCUCGUGAUGGUUAGUUUUGACAGCGCUCAUCUCAGUUGUGGAGAUAAGGCAUCAAUGCACGACGUCAUAGCGCACAUCAACCACAUAAGGAGGGUCGCCGGGGUUGAUCAUGUUGGUCUUGGAGCCGGCUACGAUGGAAUAUCAAGUCCGCCAACGGAGCUUCCUGACGUCUCGGGCUACCCGUUGCUGUUGGCCGAGCUGACACGGGACCGUAGGUGGCCGACCUCGGACAUCAAGAAGCUCGUCGGCGGCAAUCUCCUGCGCGUCCUCAAGGAGGUGGAAAAGCACGCGGCGAGCCUCUCGAAUCAGUCGCCCGCCGAGGAGUGGAUACCCCGGGAGCUCAUCGAGGACACGGCUUACUGCAGGUACCUUGGUGUCUGAAGCGGCUUGCCCGCCCAGCCUUCCUUACCUCGCU